AUGGACAGAAAGGCGCUCUUCUUCCCGUGCGGCCUCGUCUUAGCAUCCGGUUACUUGAGCACUGCAACCCCCAUCGACUACUCUUUCGCCUUGGACAAGCCGCUGCACACUGUCGCCAUCGUGUUACUGCUGACUGGUCUCGCCGUUGUCGCAAUUGAAGCCUGGUCAUCGCGCAGUGCCCAGCCGCAGCCGCCGACAAGAUAUAUCGCCAUAGCGCUGAACCAGGUCCAGAGCAGACAUGCUGUCGAGGAGAUAUGGACCGAGGCGGGCCAGCCAGGGAGACGGAGAGGAUGGAGCGUAAGGGCUGUCGGCGCGCUGCUGGCCGUCCUGCUCUUCGCAAUCUGCGGGCGCAUAGCCAUCUUCUACCGCGUCACCAAGGACGUCGAGUGCAGCGGUCCUUCUGCAUUGGCGUUCCUUCCUCUUGUCAUCGCCCUCUACCACAGCAUCCGUCACCCCAGCCAGCGACAAUACCCCGCCUGGAGUGCUGACACGCGCCCACGCACACACCUCGACAGCGUCUACAGCUUCGUCUUCGACGGCUCCACCCGCUACAUCAUUCCUUCUUUUCUACUCUCCGUCAGUAGCUUCCUUGUCAUCAUCAAGUCCAGCGCAUUGCGCUCGACGUACAUUUGUCCCAUCGCAAACUCGACAGCGACCACAAUUCCUUCCCUUCAAUUCUUUGCCUUCUUGCUCGACUGCAUCAUUGUACAGAUAUCAUACCGUCUGAUCGACGAUGGCAUCUCCGCGGCGGACGACUGGACCAUCCACCUGCAGGAUGGUACCUCGAACCACCUGCUAGUUGGCUUAACACUUACUGCAUCGUCUUUAGUCCUUCUUGUCGCAGGCAUUGUCAUCUAUCCCGCCAUGCCCGAGCAUCGCGAGUGGAUGCUCUCAUUUUCGUCUGAAUAUCUUCUUGGUCUUUUGCGUUUAUCGUUGAUGAUACCCUUUAUGACGUUAUGUUUCCUCAAAUCGGCUCGGUUGUACGGCGUCAUGAGCGCAUUGCUCCUAGGUGCAUUUUCUUCUGCAUAUAUUGGCGUUCUUCGAGCCCUGGGCACCGGCGUUUCCCACUCAUUUCCACCAAAAUCCACUGUCGGGCUUGUUCUGUGUUUGACUUUGCUCACCAUUGCCCUCAUCCUCCAUCUCGUCACAGAUACCAACAUCGAAACCCGCAUACGAUCCAAAGUGCCGAUCCGUCUGGGCAGGAACCAGUCGGCUGGCUUUAUCGUACUACUGAUUGCCUUCUCCAUCGGUGUCGUUAUAUAUCGUCGGCACGGCCCUGUUCUGGAACAUCCCAUCACUAGUUUGAUCGACGUCGCGACAAUCCAACACGAUCGAUGGGCAUCACAGGCCUACCGGAGUAGAUCUCUCGCCGAGGCCGUCAUGCACUAUCGACAACGCUACAAUCGCGAUCCGCCGCCAAAUUUUGACAAGUGGUACCACUUCGCCAUCAGCCGAAACUCCAUCAUAAUCGACGACUACGACAACAUUGAAAAAGACUUGGCACCCUUCUCGUCCUUCAAUGCUGAUGAUCUUCGGUUGCGGACUGCCACUGUCUUGGCUACGCACGAGGGAGUGGGCGGAAUUCGCAUAAGAGACGGGAAGGUGGACGUGUUCAACAACGUACCUGAUACGCAUCGCUGGAUGAUGGAUGGCGCGGCGGCCAUGAUACAGCGAUUUGCCCAAUCGCUUCCCGAUAUGGAUCUCGCACUGAACCUGCAUGACGAGAGCCGUGUCGCCGUACCGUACGAGCGAUUACAAGAUGCACUAGAUAAUCCGCAACCGUACCCUACGCCGGAGCCGUCUCGCCCAGGGAAGGAUUUCAGCGCUGAUCGUGCAAAGAAGUGGCCAGACGUUGACCGCGUACGGUCAGAUCCACAUUUCUUCAGCGAUGCUCGCACUAUAGGCUCGUAUGAGACAUAUGGAUCCGUCGCAUGCCCGCCCGAAUCGCGCGCACGAAGAGAACGCCAUUGGCAUACGAAAUCGUUUUGCCACACUUGUACUCAAGUACAUUCAAUGGGUGCUUUCGUAGCUAAUUGGAGUUUGUCAUCUGAGCCCUGUCACCAGCCAGAUAUCGCCAAUCUGCACGGCAUGCAUCUCAGCCCCGCUAGCCUCAUGGGUACUCAUGACAUGGUCCCAAUCUUCAGUCAGAGUCGCGCUCCUGGUUUUGUCGAUAUCAGAUACCCAUCGCCGUGGAAUUACUUGGAAAAGAGCAAGUAUGGGUUCGACGAAAAGUUUCCUGAUCCCCGCUUUCAGGAUAAAGUGGAUGUUCUCUUCUGGCGCGGCACAACCACUGAAGGUGUGACCACUCAUGGCACCUGGAAAGGCAUGCUUCGCCAGCGACUCGUGCAUCUCAUGAACAACGAGACCUCUCGCCAACCCAUCCUUCUCCCGAAACCCGACCACAGCGGUCACUUGGAGUACAUGCUGAAGCGCACGACCGAUAUCAAGAGACUUCUCGAGACCAAAACCGAUGUCCGCCUUGUCGGUCCGAUCGCGCGCUGCGCAGGCCAAGACUGCAUCGACCAGACGCGUGAGUUUGGCUUCGGCGACCCUAUUGACUUCAGACAACACUGGCGUUAUCGUUACCUAUUCGACGCUGACGGCGCUGGCUUCUCUGGUCGUUUUAUCCCCUUUCUACAGUCCAAUUCUGUCGUCUUCAAAGCUGCCGUCUUUCGCGAAUGGUACGAAGGCCGCCUCACCGCCUGGAAACACUUCGUCCCCGUGGACCUCCGCUUGCACGAUCUUUUCUCGUCACUAGCCUACUUCGGUGGAUAUGGUGUCGAGGCAAGGAACAAGCGCAUGAUGGAGGGUCAGAUCAAAGCAGCAGAGAAGAUCGCACGAGAUGGUAAAGUGUGGACGGAGAAGGUGUUGAGGAAAGAGGACAUGGAGGUCUACAUGUUCAGGUUAUUGCUUGAGUGGGGAAGGCUAACAGAUGAUGCGAGGACGGAAGUUGGCUUCCGCAUGGAGAAAGGGAAAGCGAGUGCUAGUGAGAGGGCGAGUAGUGUUGAGCGAGAGGUGGAGGAGUUAUGA